AUGAACUUGGGUGGGAUAGAUUUCGGCGCUCUAGAUAGAACAUACCGAAUAACUCCGAUCCAACAGCCAGAACGAUCGGCGGCUUUCCACAACUCUUAUCUCUCUCGAUUACCUCUAGCUCCAUGUUUGAUCCUUCAGCUCGAUUGUUGGGAUUCAGAUGGUGAUCUUGUCAUUCCUUACGAAGAGCUUCCCUUUCUGGUCUGUCACCUCGAACUCCAAACUCCGUACGGUCACCCUGCAGGCAUGACGAUAUCUCCGUCAGGUGAACUCGUUUCAAUGUUGUACGGCACACUCGUGGCUGCUCCCGCAGAGAUGGACGACGACUCGGGGGCGCAGGGAAUAUAUUUCGCGUUUCCCGAUGUGAGCGUACGGUACUCUGGGACUUUCAGGCUAAAAGCGAGUUUGUUGCGAAUAACGGGGGGACCACCUCUGAACACGUGUUUCACCGAACCCUUUGAUAUACUGGAAGUUAACAAUUAUGUCGCCCCUCCAAUACCAGACCUCACACGACAUUUUGAUUCUCAAGGUGUCAUCCGUUUCGGUCUACCUCGCGCCGAAUGGUGA